AUGUCCUCCAACAGUUUACGAAAACGUAAAUACAAGCGGCGGAGAUUGAAUACAAGCUCAGUGAACGAGGACAACCAUGAGAAAAGGUCACGCGUAUUAGCUCAGAUAAAAGCCUUGGAAUCAGAGAUUAUUGAAUUGCAAACUAAAAUCGAUAACGAGAGAAAAAAAGAAAGAGCACUCGUUAACCCAACAAAUGACAUUAUACAACACCUAAUACAAAUAAAUGAUCAUGCUUUGAGAUCAUCAAUAAAUCUAAAAUCUGAGGAAGAAUAUGGGUCUUCCGGACUUUUACUCGAUGAAAAGGAAAAUCCAGUGACCGAUGCUGAUAUUAAAAAGCUGUCUAGCUUUACCAAGGUACAAUUUACCAAGGUGACCAAUCAAUUAGUAUCAGCUGCUGGUGGACGUCAUAUAAGACAUUACAUACUCUCGGGUACCUCGUAUGGAUUGUAUUUUUCUGUUAAUUUUGAUGUCGAUGAAAGCGAAUUACGCGUUCAAACGCUAAAAAUAAAAAUCGGUGCAAGCAUAAAAGCAGAAAUAGCAAAGUUUGUAGAAAGUGUUGAGAACGAAAGAAACCUUCUUGGAUUCUUUAGGGGCUUUGUUCAAUACGCGAAAUUGAACUACCAACGCACUUUGCUGUUUGAGGCUCUAAAAGGAAAAUACCCUGAUCUGAUCACGUAUAGUGACCUGACUCGUGGAAGGAGCAUGAUCGAAAGAACUUCUGACGUGGGCAACGAAAUAUGCCCUUUACUACGAUUCACCGUAAAUAGUCCCAAACAUCCCGAUGUAAUAUUUCUCUGGAGAAACAAAGUAUCGGAUAAAGGGAAAAUAUUUCCUGAGCUAUUCUACUCCUUCUUCAAGACACUUGUUGGGCAGGUCGUGACGGUAGAGCUCAAGAACGAUCUUGCUAUUACCGGGGCCCUAGUGUCUGUAGAUCAAUUUUUAAACAUAAAGUUGGACAACAUUCGCGUCGUCGACCAGCAAAAGUAUCCUCAUAUGAUGGCGGUAAAGAAUUGUUUUAUAAGAGGAUCAGUAGUUCGAUACGUACAGUUACCGGCGAAUGCAGUGGAUACAGCGCUGUUGCAAGAUGCUGCUCGGCGAGAAGCACAGCAACCUACGCCUGCACCACGUAUGAAAUAA